ACGUUCGAUUUGGAGCUCGAAACUCUCAGACGGUCGAAUGAGUCUGGAGGAGACUUCAUUCACAAAGAAAGUGCAGCAGCGACGAACAAGCUGACGAAGGAAGCUGUCAUCUCUGGUGGUGGUGCAGGAGAAGACGGCGCGGGCAGAACUUGUGGAAAGGCCCCAUUCUUGAACGGUGUUUUUUCCUUCAGCUGAGUGUUGGAACGCGAAAAUGGUGAAUCGGGAUGAGCCUGAAAAGCAAGACGUCGAUGAUGCCGUCGUAACUGAAGAAAUCGAGGACGAAGAGAUGGACGAAGAGGAGGAUGCAGACGAAGCUGAAAUCGACAACGUUGAGCUCGAAGACGAGAGAGAAUUCUCGGCCGUCAACGAUGCUCUGGACAAUAUCAAUGAGGCCUUGGACAAAUUGGAAGAACAGAACGACCAGCUGAACGAACAGCUGAGGUCCAUUUUGGAGGCUUCCCGGCGCAUUCAGUCGAAGCAGGCGAACCAAGGGUCUCAGGGGAGCCCCACAUCUGGCUGAUCGCUCCUAAUUCGAACUCAUUCUGUUAUUGUUGAUUUUAUUGUUUCGCACCUUCCAUGGAUCCUCGCGUAGUGCUUCGUACUCAUUUCUUCGGUCCCGAUUUCACAUUCCAUAAGCGAUUUUACCAUCACCUAAAUCAUUAAUAAAAUAU